GACCCCACUCGACAACGAAGAUUCGGCCGAAUACGAAGCCCGACGAGCCCGCGCAGAGAAGGUUGCGCAAGAAAUCGAAAACUCUCCAAGUUAUCAUAAGAACAUUGGAAUGGAGGUAGACGAUGGAACGACCGAAGAGGAAAAGUUUAGCUCGGUUGUUCGAGAUUCGGCUACAAGAGAUAGAAGAAACCAAGACAGGUUUGUAUCCACANUGAAAUCAAGUUAUGAUCCCAAUCUACCAGAGUAUACGACCCCACUCGACAACGAAGAUUCGGCCGAAUACGAAGCCCGACGAGCCCGCGCAGAGAAGGUUGCGCAAGAAAUCGAAAACUCUCCAAGUUAUCAUAAGAACAUUGGAAUGGAGGUAGACGAUGGAACGACCGAGGAGGAAAAGUUUAGCUCGGUUGUUCGGGAUUCGGCUCCAAGAGAUAGAAGGAACCAAGACAGGUUCCAGAACGCGAACCCCCGUCGAGGCCGAGGUGUACCCAACCGCGACAUGCGUGACCCCCGUCCCGGCCCCCAUUACCCCAACAAUAACAUAAGGAACCCCCCACAAUACACUGGGGGUCGGUCGGACACCCCUACCAACGAGUCACCCACCAGCCCCACCAAUAAACAAGGGUUCCGACCAACAGGAACGUCACCCAAUGCCAUUGCACCAAGGUUUGCCAAGGAGCGUUACCAAUCAAAUUAUAGGGAUGACGAUCAACGUGGGAACAGACUUCAUGAGAAUACCGCCCACCAUAAUUCCUACGGCAACACUGUUCGUUCCAAUCGACAAACUGCAACCGGUAAAAGUUAUUCGAGGAAUCAUGCGUCGCCUACCACAGAUUACCCUAGCAACGAUGGUAUGCACCAUAGUGGCAACACACCCCCCACUCAAUUACCCCGGAACCCCCCCGUACCCCAACAACCCCCAAUAUCGGCAUGGGGGCCGAAACAAACACCCACCCCCUCUGAUGAGCGACCCACCUCUGCAGCUCCACCGAGUGUUAGCAAUAUGAGGAGCUUCCAAGUUACCAAAGACAGCUCGUAUUCCUCUGUUGUACAAAGCAACCCCAAACCACAAUCUCUUCCGCCCCCUAGUGGAGCUAACUACGUAGAAAGCCGGCCACGUCAACCACGCACGUUACGACAACCAACGUACCAAACCCCGCAACCCCAACCCCCGACUGGGGGGCCUCGUUAUGUGCUUUACCCCAAAGGGCAUUCCCCUCCUAACCAUCCCCCCACUAACCCCUCAAUGCGAGGGGAAGCCCCAUCACCCCUACAACAACCCCCUAUGCAACCGAGUAUGUUACGACAACCUACCCACCCCCGUUUCACCCCGCCCAACCAACCCCAACCACAAGCUACAAGGAGUCAGUCUAAACUACCAACUGAAGGUGGUAAAGUCCUCACUAAGAAGAACUCGGACUCCAAUCUCAGUCACAUGACCUCACAACACAUGACAACUCCAUUAAAGAUUAAGGAACAACUUAAGGAGUUUGGCAAAAACUUCAAGGUAAGAUUUGUGUUCAAAACUUAUUGGUAGUUUUAUUUUUUGCAU